AUGGAGCGCACUUGCUUCGGCACUCCUGGCCCUCGCACAAGCAGCAGAAUAACAUUCGCGCUGUUUGUGUUUGGCUGGCCGCUCUUAUGCGGCGGAUCUCUACUUUCUGUCUAUGGGUUCGCGACAUGCCAGUCCGGCAGCUGUAUCGCCUACAAGGUGACGGGCCCGGUACUUGCCGGGUUAGGGCUGGCAUGUUUAAUGAUGGCAGACUUUACUGCCCAACGAGAGAGGAGAAGGAGGGAAUUAGAAGGAGACCCGACGGAUCCAGAUAGAAGCUUCCUCUGCGGCAUGCUCGUAAUACUCGGGAUGCUGUUACUGGUUUGCGUGGUACUGGUUUUUAUCCCAGGACUUGUGGUUCCAGCCUGCAAACCAGCAUCCAACACAGACAAACCCCCUAAAGUCUGUGUAGCUCGCAUAGUGCAGAUAAUCGCAGUCGCAAUCGGCUUGUGUUACUUGCUGGCUGUCUGUGUGAACGGAAUCCGUCGGGACGGCGACUCUGAGGAGGACCCAGAAGACUCCGGAUAUCAGCCGGUUCCAGAACCUGAUUGGUCAAUGAGCAGGGACCCUCCAUCCUACGACAGCAUCGAUUUGGAGAGGGGCGACCGUGAUUCCGGCCGACGCGGCGGGGAAAAUGAACACAACGUUCCAAGGCCAUGGGGGCCGACCGUACAAGACAUUGACGAGUUUUACCCUUCGGAGCCACCUCCAAGAUACGAGGACAUAUUCCCUACUCAGCCGGAUCCUGAAGAGAGUUCAUCAUCAUCAUCGUAUCACUCGGUUUCCCAAUCAUCGGAGUCGAGUGACUAUGAGCUCGCACCAGGACCCUAA